AACGACCGUUCCACAGGUGCAUGUUCAUUAACUGUUUAUGGUUCAUUGAACAAGCUUGGGAAACAGUGUUUAAACCCUUUACAAUGAAGAUCUGUGAAGUUAUUAGGAUUUUUAUGAAUUAUCUUUGAAAGACAAGGUCCUGAAAAAGUUUAUGAUUUGUGGACUAAACUGGACAGAGGUUGCUAUCUGGUUUUGUGAUAAAACAAAGGUUUCUUUGAAUUUAUUCUACCACUGUGUCUAAUUGUUUCAGCCUUUAGGCCUAAAUAUCACGGUCGCAAGGCAUAUGAAUUAACAGGUUAUAGAGCAAACAACGCAAUUGUCACUACACAGGUUGUAAUAUGGCCUUUUUUUCUGGCUUCUUCAGUGAUUUUACCCACGCACCGCCACUGUUAGGAACACCUACUCUUUCCAUGACAUAGACGGACCAGGUGAAAGCUAUGAUCCCCUAUUGAAGUGGAUUUAACAAGUGACAUCAAUCAGUGUAGAUUGACAGGUUAAAUAAUGAUUUUUAAGCCUUGAGAUAAUUGAGACAUGGAUUGUGUGUGUGCCAUUCAGAGGGUGACUAGUCAAGACAAAAGAUUUGAGUUCCUUUGAACAGGGUAUGGUAGUAGGGGCCAGGCGCUCCGCUUUGAGUGUAUCAAGAACUGCAAUGCUGCUGGGUUUUUCACGCUCAACCGUUUCCCGCGUGUGUCAAGAAUGGUCCACCACCCGAAGGACAUCCAGCCAACUUGACUCGACUGUGGGAAGCAUUGGAGUCAACAUAGGCCAGCAUCCCUGUGGAACGCUUUCAAUACCUUGUAGAGUCCAUGCCCUGACGAAUUGAGGCUGUUCUGAGGGAAAAAGGGGGUGAAACUCAAUAUUAGGAAGGUGCUCUUAAUGUUUGGUACCCUCAGUGUAUAAGCCGCUACAAAGAUGAUAUCUCUACUCGCUAGCUUGCAACCGCUUAUUCAUAAGAUUAUCUUUCUAUAAGCUUCAUUACCAAAGUGUAUGAUAUAGUAAUUAGAUUGAGUCCUAGGCUAGUCUGAGCAGAUUGUGUUGUUGUAGCUAGCCGUUGUAAUAUAUACAUUUCAUUAUUUACACAGGUGCAUGGUUGCUCUACAUGUGAAACGCCUGUAUGAGUGACGCAUACAACCACAGCACUCCACCACCAUGGGCCAGCGAAGGAGGGGGGCGGCUGCCCACGCUCCCCUAGCAAACAGACACCCUGACGGGCUUACAGUAGCUCCCCAGGCCGCAACCAGGAAACACAACAUUUGCAUGGUGUCAGACUUCUUCUACCCCAACAUGGGAGGGGUGGAGAGCCACAUCUACCAGCUAUCCCAGUGUCUGAUCGAGAAGGGCCACAAGGUGGUGAUCGCCACCCACACCUACGGCUGCAGGAAGGGGGUCCGCUACCUGACCAACGGGCUCAAGGUCUACUACCUGCCCCUGCAGGUGAUGUACAACCAGUCCACCGUCACCACCUGCUUCCACAGCCUGCCACUACUGCGCUGUGUGUUCGUCAGGGAGCGCAUCACCGUGGUGCACGCCCACAGCUCCUUCUCCGCCAUGGGCCACGAUGCACUGUUCCACGCCAAGACCAUGGGCCUCAACACGGUGUUCACUGACCACUCCCUCUUCGGUUUUGCUGACGUCAGCUCGGUGCUGACCAAUAAGCUGCUGACUGUGUCUCUGUGCGAUACCAAUCACAUUGUGUGCGUGUCAUACACCAGUAAGGAGAACACAGUGCUCAGGGCAGGGCUCGACCCCGAGAUUGUUUCUGUCAUCCCCAAUGCCGUCGACCCCAGAGACUUCACCCCCGACCCCUCCCAACGGCAUGACGACAGGAUCACCAUCGUUGUGAUCAGCCGUCUCGUCUACCGCAAAGGAAUAGAUCUUCUGGGAAGGAUCAUCCCAGAGCUCUGUCUGAAACAUCCAGAUCUACAUUUUCUGAUUGGUGGAGAGGGACCAAAGAGAAUCGUGUUGGAGGAAGUGAGAGAGAAAUACCAACUACACGACAGGGUGCAUCUCCUGGGGGCCCUGGAGCAUAAGGAUGUGCGUGGGGUGUUGGUUCAGGGACAUAUCUUCCUCAACACCUCCCUGACUGAGGCUUUCUGCAUGGCCAUAUUGGAGGGAGCCAGCUGUGGACUACAGGUGGUAAGUACGCGUGUUGGAGGGAUCCCAGAGGUUCUGCCUGAGGAUCUGAUCACCCUGUGUGAGCCAACCGUGCAUUCUCUGUGUGCCGGCCUGGAGAGUGUCAUCGCUAGGCAACUAUCGGGCCGCGUUGACUCCCCCGCCACCAUCCACGCCCACGUCCGCACCCUGUACACCUGGAGGAACGUUGCAGAGAGAACAGAGAAGGUGUAUGACUGCGUCGCUGGGAAGGAGGUUCUUCCUCUGGACAGACGGCUGCUCAGACUGAGGGCCCACUGUGGCCCCGUGGCAGGCUCCAUCUUUGCCCUCUUUGCUGUUCUCGACUUCCUCUUCCUGCUCCUCCUCCGCUGGCUCCUCCCAGACCGCCUCAUAGAUAUUGCCAUGGACGCCACGGGACCUCAGGGGUUGUGGAGGCGGGACUUGGGCGAUAGGAAAGGAACUCGCUCUAAAAGUGCCGUCUUGAAAAAGGAGGAGUCAAGUGGUCACAAGACCAAGCUAUGAUCACAACUCCAAGCAGGCACAAAUCCUUAUCCUCAAUUGUUAUAUAACUCCUGAAAAUACAGAUGUUUUUUUAUUUUUUACUUGAUAUCUGACCCCACUACCUUAUGACCUGUGGAGACUGACCACUCGUUGCAGAAUGUUUUAGGGGGAACACGUUUGUUUAGGGUUGUUUUUUUAACUUAUUUUUUUGUUUUCUUUUCCUCUAUAUGUUUAAUGUAUUAUGUCUUAAACUUUAUAUGAUCAAAAGGAUCAAUACUUUGUAGUUAUGUAUCUUUUGUAAUGUUAUUUCUUUAUUAUUUUUUUUUUUAUUCUUCUGAGUGGCAACCCAAAUCAAAUUUUAUUUGUCACAUGCGCAGAAUACAACCGAUGUAGACCUUACCGUGAAAUGCUUACUUACAAGCCCUUAACUAACAAUGCAGUUUUAAGAAAAUGUUUACUAAAUAAACUAAAGUUU